AUGCGUAUCUACGGGCAGGAAGUGCGAUUGCUACGCAAAAGAAGAUCGCAGCCCCUUGUCCGCCUCUGUACCACAAACCACCAUGAGCCCAGGCUCGCGCUGGCUUCUGAAACCUUCCCUCGGCCACAACACACCGCCCUGGUCCUCCGGCCUACCCUGCCGCAACGAUGCCCCAAAGAGACUCGCAGCUACCGUUACUUCCUCGACGUCGCUGGACCGUCGCUGGCUGGCGUUUUUGACGUGGACUUCUGGCUCGCCGAGCUACCCCGUGCUUGCCAUGCAGACCCGGCAAUAUGGCACGCCGUCGUUUGUCUCGGCGCGGCUCACGAAACGAAUGCCCUAGACUUCACCGUCGGGUCCUAUCCGCCGCAGAAGAUCUUCGCCCUGCAGCAAUUUAGCCACGCGAUCCGAUCGCUCACUGAACGACCCCCGCAAAGGACCGACAUUUGGAGGGCCCUGACAAUUAGUGUCAUCUUCACCUGCGUCUGCAAGGUCCAGGGUCUCCAUUCGCAGGCACGCAUGCACCUCGCGUCGGGCCGUCAACUCCUCGAAGAACUGCAGUCGUGCGAAGAACAGCAGCCGGCACCACGCAAGGCUACUGCCACGGGAUCAACCGUCCCUCCGCAGACGUCCAGCAGCCCGAUAAACCUCGCGCCCUUGAAGGACCUGCUCCUGAAUCUCGAGGUCUUCGUCUAUUUCAAAGACAACGGAGACUUGAUCCAGGCCCCAGAGCUGGUGGCGUCGAGUAAGAUCUUCCAUCUGUGGCGUCUGUACGAGGCACCGCUGGAGACGCCCACGGACUCGAGGACGGCUAGACCCUUGACCGUCGACAACUUGACGCACGCCCUUCAGGCGAUCGAGUCACUCUUCAGCGCACUCAUCUACCUGCGCCAGCAGCUGGUGCGGCAAUCGUCAAAGACGGACCCCAACAUCGGCGACGGGGAUCUUGACUACUUCGUCGCGCGCGAGGCGCCCUACGUUCGGUGUUUCAAGCAAGUGAGAAAGGCGCACGACCUCUUCGUCAAAGAAACCAUCCGCAGCCCUGAGGCCCAGUCUGUCGUGCCUUACAAGGCGCUGCUGACUUUGUCGCUGGCCCUCGCAGCCACCCGCCUCAUAUUUGUCGGAGAUCCCGAGCUGCCCGACCAGAGCAAACGUGACGAGGAUCUUCCGCGACAGUACGAGUACAUUGUCAACCUCGCAGAGCGCAUCCUCAAGCCCGACCACCGUCAGCACCCACCGUUUGCCAAGUCUGGCACGAUGCAGUCUGCCCUGUUUGCCGUCGCGUACAUGGGGAAGCCUCAGAGUGUACGACGCCGUGCGGUACAACUCAUGACGCAGUAUCCUCGACAGCAAGGAAUAAACAACAGCCUGGAGAGCGCCAGCAUCGCCAAUGUCAUCAUGGCGAGGGAGCAAGAGCUUCUGCGACGAGAGCUUGUAGGGUUGAACGGGACUUCUGCCACGGGCGAGGUCGAAGACCUCGAGGUGCCCCCGUUGAAGAGGCUGUUCAACUAUACAAUAGAGUAUGUCGGAGCCCGGUCGGCCAUUGUGAAGCUGCACACUUGGGAGGAGCAUACUGAGGGACGACCAGGAGAGGAACGAACCAUUCAUUGGUGA